UCUCUCUCCAUGCUAGAAAAAGGUUACACGAGAAAAAAAAUCAAACCAAGAGACGGGGAUUCGAGAGAGUUCCGCCCGGGUAGGGAAGGGAAGAGGAGGCCAAGGGGAGGAGGAGCCGAGGCGGGAUGGGGGCGGUCGAGUCCGUGCCGGAGACCUCCAUACACGAAUUCACCGUCAAGGAUUGCAACGGCAAGGAAGUGAGCCUGGAGACCUACAAGGGGAAGGUUCUCCUCGUCGUCAACGUCGCCUCCAAAUGUGGGUUCACGGAGACCAAUUACACGCAACUGACGGAGCUUUAUCAGAAGUACAGGGACAAAGACUUUGAGAUAUUAGCAUUCCCCUGCAAUCAGUUCUUGCGGCAAGAGCCAGGGACUGCCGAGCAGGCAAAAGAUUUUGCUUGCACCAGAUUUAAAGCGGAAUACCCAGUUUUUCAGAAGGUGCGUGUAAAUGGUCCAGAUGCUGCGCCGGUCUACAAGUUUCUGAAAGCGAGCAAGCCUGGUUUGUUUGGGUCAAGAAUCAAAUGGAAUUUUACUAAGUUUCUCGUUGACAAAAAUGGGAAGGUCAUUGAAAGAUAUGCAACUUCGACCACUCCAAUGUCAAUUGAGAAGGACAUCCAGAAGGCCCUUGAGGAAUAGAUCUCAUGUCCUCGGAUCUCAUCCACCACCCACUUGCAGAAGUAGGCGCUUGCAAAAAUUAUUCCGUUGUAGCAAUAUUUUAGACACCUUUGCUUUCUGUAGUACAUUUCUGUAUUAUUACCCUGAUCUUCACCUUCAUGCUCGUCGUGUCUUUGUUUCCUUUUGUGUAAGUAGAUGUUGUAUUGACUAGCCACCAUCUUCUCCAUCCUGCUCUCUUGCGGCUUUUUUUUCAUGGAUGCAAACUAUACAACACUGGUGAAGCAUUGUAGUUCAAGGUUUGUGCUUA